GCGUCUCCUGGGCCGGUGGCGGCGGCCGGCCGGGGAGGCGGCCUCGGCGCACAGUAAUGGCAGCGCUGUGAUCAGAGGAACGCGAGCUGACAGCCACCGCCACCGCCGCCCACCUUCCUCGCCGGGGGCUUCGUCCUUCACUCUUUCGGGCUGCCUCCCCCUCCCCUUGUCCCCUGCCCCUUGUCCCGCUUCUGCAGAAGAUUCAACACUAAUCUUGCACAAUGUCUUUGAAACCAAGAGUAGUAGAUUUUGAUGAAACAUGGAACAAACUAUUAACUACUAUCAAAGCUGUUGUCAUGUUGGAAUACGUCGAAAGAGCAACGUGGAACGAUCGCUUCUCAGAUAUUUAUGCUUUAUGUGUGGCCUAUCCUGAACCCCUUGGAGAAAGACUUUAUACAGAAACUAAGAUUUUUUUGGAAAAUCACGUUCGGCAUUUGCACAAGAGAGUUCUGGAUGCAGAAGAACAAGUACUUGUUAUGUAUCAUAGGUAUUGGGAAGAAUAUAGCAAGGGUGCAGACUAUAUGGACUGCUUAUAUAGGUAUCUCAACACCCAGUUUAUUAAAAAGAAUAAAUUGACAGAAGCUGACCUUCAGUAUGGCUACGGUGGUGUAGAUAUGAAUGAACCCCUUAUGGAAAUAGGAGAGCUAGCAUUGGAUAUGUGGAGGAAAUUGAUGGUUGAACCACUUCAGACCAUCCUUAUCCGAAUGCUGCUCCGAGAAAUCAAGAAUGAUCGAGGUGGAGAAGAUCCAAACCAGAAAGUAAUCCAUGGGGUUAUUAACUCCUUUGUUCAUGUUGAACAGUAUAAGAAAAAAUUUCCCUUAAAGUUUUAUCAGGAAAUCUUUGAGUCCCCUUUUCUGACUGAAACAGGAGAGUAUUAUAAACAAGAAGCUUCAAAUUUAUUACAAGAAUCAAAUUGCUCACAGUAUAUGGAAAAGGUUCUAGGUAGAUUAAAAGAUGAAGAAAUGCGAUGUCGAAAAUAUUUACAUCCGAGUUCAUAUACUAAAGUGAUACAUGAAUGUCAACAACGAAUGGUCGCCGACCACUUACAGUUCUUACAUGCAGAAUGUCAUAAUAUCAUUCGACAAGAGAAAAAAAAUGACAUGGCAAAUAUGUACGUCUUACUCCGCGCUGUGUCCACUGGUUUACCUCACAUGAUCCAGGAGCUGCAGAACCACGUCCACGACGAGGGCCUUAGAGCAACCAGUAACCUUACUCAGGAAAACAUGCCAACACUAUUUGUGGAGUCAGUUUUGGAAGUACAUGGUAAAUUUGUUCAACUUAUCAACACUGUUUUGAAUGGUGAUCAGCACUUUAUGAGUGCACUGGAUAAGGCCCUUACAUCAGUUGUAAAUUACAGAGAACCCAAGUCUCUUUGCAGAGCACCUGAACUGCUUGCUAAGUACUGUGACAGCUUACUAAAGAAAUCAGCAAAAGGGAUGACUGAGAAUGAAGUGGAAGACAAACUCACGAGCUUCAUUACUGUUUUCAAAUAUAUUGAUGAUAAGGACGUUUUUCAAAAGUUCUACGCAAGAAUGCUGGCAAAACGUUUAAUUCAUGGGUUAUCCAUGUCUAUGGAUUCUGAAGAAGCCAUGAUCAAUAAAUUAAAGCAAGCCUGUGGUUAUGAGUUUACCAGCAAGCUACAUCGGAUGUAUACAGAUAUGAGCGUCAGCGCCGAUCUCAACAAUAAGUUCAACAAUUUUAUCAAAAACCAAGACACAGUAAUAGAUUUGGGAAUUAGUUUUCAAAUCUAUGUUCUACAGGCUGGUGCAUGGCCUCUUACUCAGGCUCCUUCAUCUACAUUUGCGAUUCCCCAGGAAUUAGAAAAAAGUGUACAGAUGUUUGAAUUAUUUUACAGCCAGCAUUUCAGUGGAAGGAAACUUACAUGGUUACAUUAUCUCUGUACAGGUGAAGUUAAAAUGAACUAUUUGGGCAAACCCUAUGUAGCCAUGGUCACAACAUACCAAAUGGCAGUCCUCCUCGCCUUUAACAACAGCGAAAUUGUCAGCUAUAAAGAGCUUCAAGACAGCACUCAGAUGAAUGAAAAGGAACUGACAAAAACAAUCAAAUCAUUGCUUGAUGUGAAAAUGAUUAACCAUGAUUCAGAAAAGGAAGACAUCGAUGCAGAAUCUUCAUUUUCAUUAAAUAUGAACUUUAGCAGUAAAAGAACAAAAUUUAAAAUUACUACAUCAAUGCAGAAAGACACACCACAGGAAAUGGAGCAGACUAGAAGUGCUGUCGACGAGGACCGGAAAAUGUAUCUCCAAGCUGCUAUAGUUCGUAUCAUGAAAGCACGAAAAGUGCUUCGGCACAAUGCCCUUAUUCAAGAGGUGAUCAGCCAAUCAAGAGCGAGGUUUAACCCCAGUAUCAGCAUGAUCAAGAAGUGUAUUGAAGUUCUGAUAGACAAACAGUACAUCGAACGCAGCCAAGCGUCGGCAGAUGAAUACAGCUACGUCGCGUGACGUCACCCUCCCCCAGUGCGGGUGUGAGACGGUCAUUUCACCACUUGGUGUGCUCCUGUGGGAAGAAGCAGGGCUGUGCCUCCAUAAUUUGGUCAUUUGGCAGUCCCCGUUUUCUGCUGUUUACAACAUCACCAGUGCCACGUCAUGAGCGUCAAAGAAAAUGCCUAGAGAUAUUUCAAGCUCAUGUCAUUGUGACAUUUCUUAAAACUUUAUUAAAAGAGUGAGUGAAGUAUUGCUGAAAUGUGGAAAUUUGGUUGGGUACCAUGCUUUUUCUCCCCUUCACGUUUGCAGUUGAUGUGUUUUUUUUUUUUUUAAAUGUAUCUUAAAGGACAUAAAGUAAAAAACUUAAAUAUUGUAAUAUGACAGAUAACCUAAUAAUUGUAUCUACAUUAAAAUGACAAACAUGAUAUUGCUGCUUGUCAAAUAAAAAAAAUAAAGAAAUAGAAUGCCUUUUUUUAUGUGGAUGGAGUAUCAGGUUGGCCACAAAAUAAUACAUAGACUCAAAGCAGCUCAUGCAGCUUUAGUUGUGUUUUUAUCUGAAUGGUUUGAUUCACUUGUACUCCUGUUUAAGUCCUACAUGCAAAAUGUCUACAUUAUUGUUCUUGAAUGCAUAGAAAUGCAUUCAGCAUAAAGAAUGUUUUAUUGUUAUGGACUAGAACUACAUUGGAUAUAAGCAUUUUGAAUAUUGAGGAUAUAAUUCCAGCAACAGUUUCUGGUGAUGUGCUACCUACACCACCGAAACUAAGGAGGAGGACAAUACGUGUGACCUCAAGUCUGCACAGAAAGAGCUUUUCAUUCAAAAGUUGUCUUACUUCGUACAUUCAUUCUAAUAUAGACUAAGACCCCAGCUCUACUGCCUUCCUGAGCUGUAGGAGACCCUGUGACACCAACAUUCCUCCCGUACUCCGUACCUGCUACCCUCACACCACUCCUUUAGCAGUUUAGAUACUAGAGUCACUCUGAUAAGUCACAGGUGUGCUUAGCAAUGCAUAACCUAAAUACCUUUAAAAAGAAAUUUUUGUAUAGUACAUUAUACCAGGUGCCACUUAUAUAGAGACAUAAAAUUCCAUUAUUUUGUUUAUUAUAUCAGCAGCAUUAGAACACUCUGAUCUAUUACCAUAUUUAUUAUCUAUCCACCCCUGUAACAACACAGUUUUUUUAAGCUGAAAUCUUUUAAGCAGAUCCCACACGAAUCAUUUCACUUAAUACUUCAGUUUGUAUCUUGAACAGUUAAGGCCUUUAAAAAAAAAUCACAAUGAUAUUACUUUUAACAAACAAUAAUGAUCAGUCUCAUCUAAUAUGUGAUUCAUAUUUAAAUUUCUCUUACUGUUGCAAAAUGGCUUUUACAAUUGGUUUCUUUGAUUGCACUUUUUCUAACUCAUGUCUCUUAAGUGUUUUAAAAAUCUACUGAACUUACAAUGACUUAUACUGUAUUUCUCAUUUUACUUUUCUUCCUAGAGAAGAAAUAAUGGCAAACCAUCUACUAUUGUACAUUCACUGUCAAAAAAAACAAACCCUUGUUUUGAUAACUUGUUGAUAAAGCUUUCCAAAUUGA